AUUUUAGUAAGAUUACUUAUUGCCAUUCUCUAACAUUAAAAUUAUUAAUCAAAAAUGGCUGAUAUUUCUACUCCAGGUUUACCCCCUUUCCAUGUCAUCGCCAUUGACAUGGAUGGUACGCUACUUAAUCCAGAACACGAAAUCACGGAAUUCACAAAGAAGACGAUACAGGAUGUAGUGGCGAAGUACCCGACACAAGUGUUCGUUGCAUUGUCCUCUGGAAGACAAUACCCUGACUUAAAGUCUAUUUUGGACAGUUUGGAGCUCCCAAAGGAAAACGGAUCUAUUGUAUCGUGCAAUGGUGCCUGUGUCUAUGCAUUCAACUCCAGCACUCUGAUCGAUCGGAAAGACGACAAAAACGAGGAAGAAAAAGUAAUCUCAAGUGAAAAACAGAAAUAUGAUUUGAUUCAAGUAAGGAAUGCGACCGUUUUACCAGAAAACGCUUAUCAGGUUAUCUCCAUGUGGUUGGAUUAUGGUAAAUGUGAAGUAAACCUUCAUAUUUAUCAGGAUGAUCGCUGGAUUUGUGCUAUGGAAGAGAAGGAAAUUCUGAAAUACUCCAGCAUUAGUGGGUAUCACUAUGAACUAUUUAACCCAUUGGAGAGUAUCCAAGCUUAUAACCUGUAUAAAGAACAGAAUAAGAAAAAAUUCCCCGAUGACACCCUAACCGCUGGGCACAGCAACCUAACCCUCACUAACCCCUUUGGUGGCAUAAGAAAGUUCUUCUUAUCAUCCAAAAACAAUGAGCUGUUAAAGACAAUUAAGUCUCGUAUCCAGGAUAAGAUUCCUUCUCUCAGUAUCUCGUUCUCCAGCAAUUGUUUCUUGGAAAUCGUGGAUGCGGAUGUUUCAAAGUUUACCGGAUUGCAGUCUCUCAUGCCCCAUUUACAGGCUUGCGCUAAAGCGAAACAGAGUGCGCGAGAGGCCAACGGCAAGAUCGAGAGCGAAAGCGAGGUACCUUGGACGGUAGAAUCGACAUGUAUUGCCUUCGGCGAUAAUGAAAAUGACGUGCCAAUGUUAGUCAAGGCUGCCAGAGGGUGCCUAAUGGGCAACAGCACAGAGGAACUAAAGAGGACUCUAAAAAAUGACGUUGUGGUUGUUGGCACCAAUUCCGAGGAUGGUGUUGCCCACGAAAUCAAGAAAGCAUUUAAACUUUGA